AGUUUUUUUGUGUUGUUUAUUUUGGCGAUUGCCGGUCUUUGGACAUGCGCAUUACAAAAAACAAUAAAAACAGCUGAUAAUAAGAAAUAAUGACACUUCAUUUGACAAUUCGAUCAGAAAGGCAAUUAUGAAAUUUAGUCAAUAGAGAAAAUCAGUCUGUGAAAAAUUCCGUGCGAUGUUUAACGAUUUUGGUGACAGUGAAAACAGUUUUUAAUAUUGGAAAUUUAAAAAAUCCUAUAAAUGUUUUGCUUAAUAACACAAUCGAAAAUAAACAAACUAUAAGUUAAUAUUGAGCUAUGGGGGAGACUGCUCCCACUCCGCACACACCAGCACCAUCGCCUACAGAUGAAAAUGCUGGUGACACGGUCGCGACAAGAGUUAAAGUGUUGAUUGUGGGCGCUGGAAUGGCCGGACUUUCUGCUGCAAAUCAUCUAAAGCAAAAUGGUUGCGAGAACUUUCGUAUUUUGGAGGCCAGAAAUCGCAUUGGCGGAAGAAUUGUCUCAAUACCUAUGGGAACGCAAAAAGUUGAACUUGGCGCGAAUUGGAUACAUGGAGUAUUGGGAAAUCCAAUUUUUGAAAUGGCAGUGCAAUAUGGUCUAGUCAGUGUAGUUAAUGUGCCCAAGCCUCAUCAAGUAGUAGCAUCUACAGAAGAUGGCCAUCAAGUUCCUUUCAGCAUAUUGCAAGAAAUCUAUGAGGCUUAUGUGUGUUUCCUGCGUCGUUGUGAUGAGUAUUUUCUAUGUCAAUAUGUACCACCGCCCGAUAUAAACAGCGUUGGUGAGCACAUUAAUUACGAAAUCGAAAUCUUUCUAAAUUCUGUGAAAGAUCCAAAAGAAAAACGCUUAAGAAAACUAAUUUUUAAUUGUUUGCUUAAACGUGAAACAUGCAUUACUGGCUGUAGUAAUAUGAACGAAGUAGAUCUAUUAGAACUAGGUAGUUACACGGAAUUACAAGGCGGUAAUAUUGUACUGCCUGCUGGAUAUAGUUCAAUUUUAAAACCACUUUCAGCACAAAUACCUAAAGAUGCUAUAGUUAUGAAAUGUCCAGUUAAAAAAAUACACUGGAAACGAAAAAAGACUCUUACCGGUUUAGAUACGCUCAAUGAAAAUUCUGAAAAUGAGGAUUCUGAUGAUUCGGAAAAAACUGUAACUGAAUAUCCUACAGCUGGUGCUGCUGCAGCAGGUAUUCGUGGUGGUUCAAUUGAAUCUGAUAGCGGCUGUGAUUGGUCUAGUGAUACAAAUGAUAGCCCUGUUCGCAUAGAUUGUGUAGACGGGCGUACAUAUUAUGCUGAACAUGUGAUAUGCACAAUACCUUUGGGUGUGCUCAAAUGUACACAUAAAACGUUAUUCGAUCCAGAACUACCGCACUAUAAACGUGAAGCUAUAGAAAACUUAAUGUUUGGCACAGUAGAUAAAAUAUUUUUAGAAUAUGAACGACCAUUUCUGAGUGCAGAUAUUUCUGAAAUAAUGUUACUCUGGGACGAUGAGGAUGAUUAUGAAUCAAGUACCACCGAUAUGCAGCGUACAUCAGUUGAAUAUCUUAGCAAAAAUUGGUUUAAGAAAAUAUACUCAUUUGCAAAGAUGUCAGAUACAUUGCUUUUGGGUUGGGUAUCUGGACGUGAAGCGGAAUUUAUGGAAACUUUAUCGCAUGAAGUGGUUGCUGAAAAGUGUACAGAAAUAUUAAGAACAUUUUUAAAGGAUCCAUAUGUGCCCAAACCAAAACGUUGUGUUUGUACAAGUUGGCAUAGUCAGCCGUUUACUAGUGGAUCGUAUACAUCCAUACCAGUUGGUGCUACACAAGAGGAUAUUGACAACUUAGCACAACCACUUUACGCGAGUCCACAUGCUACAAAACCUGUUGUAGUGUUCGCUGGUGAGCAUACUCAUUCCAGUUUUUAUUCAACAGUACAUGGUGCCUACUUGAGUGGUCGUACCGCUGCUCAAUAUCUCUUACAAAGUGAUGAACCCAAUGAAAUAACAUUGGAAUCUGAUGGCAGCGAUUUGAGCGCUUGGAUUCAAGGGAUUGCUUUAGAUUAAGUAUGUAGACAGUAAAUAAAAAGUUCUGUGAAGUACUACUAAUGUUAGCAAAACAUUACUCAAACUAAAGCACAACAGAGAACGCAAAUUGCAUAUUAAAAAAAAAAAUUAUAUAAAACAAAGUCUUAUUACUGAAUGUGUGACGAGUUUAUGGAAUUGUGAGAUUUGCUUAGAUGCACAUUAUAUGAUAUUUUUUUAUGUUGUUUAUAAAUUUAAAUCUAUUCUAGAUUAUAAGUAUAUAACACAGA